UUAAAGGCAAAUCAUAAUAAAUUAUCGAUUCUGUACGAAGAUAAGUGUAAUGAGUUUACAGAGUUCCAGGUUCAGGAGGAGAAGACCACGGAUGCAACGAAUACCGAGUCAAAGGACCGUUCGAGUGAGAGUAGACGCAGAAUAGAACAAAUACAGAAUCAUAUCGACACUGAUUGCCAGACGAUAUGCACGAACUCAAAACGAGGAGCGUGGAUUUCACUGUUACGCUCGGCGAAUUGAAAAAUGAAAAAGAAAUGCUCUUGAAUGAAAUCGACGCAUUGAAAGUUGCUAACGAGGAGCUACGACGGGAAGUAUCUAGUAACGAGAACGCCUUGGUAGAGAAAAUACGAGUUUUCGUAAAUUGUCUAACACGCGAAUGGAGUCACGGCGCACAGUAUAUCCGUCAUAGCAUUACCACCAAGCGAAGUCUGCAACAGUCCUAUUAAUUUACUGUCACGAAAAUUAACAUGUUUCUGGCUAUCUUGAGAUUCGCUCAAUUGCAUGAUUACUAAUUCUAGGGUUGACAGAGACAUGUUAAUGUGUCGUCCUUCUUUAAAUCUUUCCCCUGUUGCUCCCAUUUGGCAUGCCCUUUCAGAACCAGCGAGAUCUACUAGAUUCGAUUGCGAGAUUUGUAUAGCAUCCUCCGAAUCUCCUUCAACUUCUCUGCUUUCGAUUGUCUAAGUGGGAAAUAUACAUUUGUCGAAACAGUGUAUUCUAAAACACACUUGGCUCGAAGUGAACUUAUAAUUUUAAAUAUGGUAUGACUUCUACUACUACGUUCGUUCAUAUUAGUUUCUCCAAUUCUUCUUAGUUUAUCUCCUUUCUUCAUCAAAGAUAUCACGCUCCUUGGACAAUUUGUGAUUUCUUCUUUAUAUUGUAAAACUAUUAAAAAUUAAGUAAAAAACGCUUGGCGAGACGAUAGAUUUACUUCCCCUAAUGACGAAAUGUAUAAUUAUUAUAUGUUCUUUUCAUUAUUGUGCCCGAAAAACGGGAAAAACUAUCUAGUAGUUCGCCUACUCUCCGUUGGUGGCGCCAGUUUGUCUUCAUUGGUAACACCACGUUCGACCAUAUGUACUCGUAGAUACGGCCUGUAUACAUGGAUCUACGAAUCGAAGUGAAGAAAAGAUAACGAGAAAAGAUGCUCUCAUGUGAUGUCACCAGAUAAUAUUUCUAGAUCAUUCAAAACUAUUUUAUUUUGUAACCAAUAGUUAUAAAUAAAUAACUUUACUCUUGACAUCUGUGUAUUGUUUUUAGUAUUUUUUUUAAACGAAAACAAGUUAUAAGGAAAUAAUAAUAUAAAUUAAAUUUAAUAUUUCAAAAUUACAAUUUCCAAAAUACGUUAUGAUGAGUGUUAUUCAAAAUGAUAAGAGUUAAAAUUAAUACAGUAGGAUAGUGAUGCUUUUAAUCGAUUGAUCUAAUAUUGCAGUAUUAUUUUUUAUUGCAUAAUGCAUAGUAACAAAAUAUAAACACUUCAAAAUAUUAUUUGAUGAAAUAUGUACAUAAGUAUUUAGAGACAUACGAUAAAUAAAGACAUUGUUUUAAAUUCGUCGUGUAUUUUUACUCAAAAAGUGAAUAUAAAAUGCAAAUUUCUGAAAAUUUGUCUUACGCCACUGCAAGUUACGUAUAUGUGCUUCAUUACAUAUUCUUAGUUCCAUGGAUUGUUCCAUUUGUUACUGCCUGUUAUUGCCGAUGUAAACACGUGUAUGUCACCCCUUUAAGUGGGAGGUCCAAGUUGCUUUUAAAUUAAGAAAUUAUAUCGGGGCAUUUCUUAUAAAAAAAAUUAUACUCAUUUAUAAAGCAUUGUGCAAAAGUCUAUGUUCGAGUAGAGCGGCAAUAAAUUUAUGAUUUCUGUUACAUUUAUAUCUAAUAUACAAUUUGAUACAAGUAUACGAAGUGAUUAAACGAACAAAUUAUAAAUCCAAUGGAAACUAAUGCAAGAAAAGGGUACAACUGUACGAAGUAUUAAAUGAUGCUAUGACAACUUAUAACUUGGACCACAAUUGCGACGAUAUUGUUUUUAUAUUAUUUGUUCUACAUUACUAUAAUUUACGAGAAAGUAUGACCUAAGUUAAGAGAAAGAUAAAAUAUAAUUAUCAAAAAUGGAAGUGUGGUUGUUUUCUCGUGUAAUAGCUCAUCAUCCUUAUACCAUUCUAAUGGUCAUACUCAUAUUCUCUUCGACAUGUUUGAUUGUUCCUUUGGCUGUCAAAAAGUUCCCAGACUUCUCUGAUCCUCAGUUAGGCUUUCAAGCAAGAGGUACAAUGCUAGCACAACGGCUUAUUGCUUGGCAAAAUUUGAUGGAAACAAGUAAACCAAGAGGACAGCUCACUGACAAUCCUUUAGAAUAUUAUAAUUAUGUGCGCCAAUUAAAUCAACAGAAUUUACAGAAUCCUGUAAACAUACAAAAUCAUAGCUGGAUCAACCAGGGUAUUAUUAGGAAGAAACCUAAAAACAAGAAAAAAGGGGGGAAAAAAUAUCAAAAACAAGUAACUGAUAAAAGAUCAGAAACAGAUCAAAUUGAUGCUAAAAACAAAUGGGAAGAAUUGUUAGAGUUGAAAAACAAAAAUAAAUUAAAUGUGGUAAAGGACUAUAAAAGUCAAGACCAUAUUGACAAUGAGAAUUUCUUUUGUAAUUCACCAUCUUCUGCGUAUGCACGUGUCGUUAUUGGCAGAAACUCUGAAGAUACAAAUUUAUGGUCGAUGGAGGGUGUAUUAGCACAAUGUUAUAUCGAUGCAGAAUUACGAUCAAAUGCUCACUUUCCUUCUUUAUGUCAAAUGCAAACAGAACAUAAUGGUCAAGAACAAAAAUGUUGUAGGAGCUGGUCUCCAGCAAAUUACGUUGCAUUUUUAUCUAAUCGAAGUUCCUGUUUGGGUGUAACAGAAAAUGAUCUUAGUCGAGUAGAAACUCUUUUACAAAGAUGCAUUUAUUUUUAUCAAAACCUUCGCUUGACAUCAAACUGUGCAGAAGAUUUAAAUUGUCAAAGGCAUGUUCCAAGCGAAUGUUAUACACGUAAUGCAGCUUAUCAUUUGCUACAUUAUUUAUUAGAUAUUGAAUUUAUACCAGAUCAUAAGCAGCAAACUCAGCAACAUAACAAUCAAACCAAGUUUAAUUCAACAUUGAAAUAUGUCAUGAUAUUUCUGCCAAUUGCUGAGAGCUCGGCUACUUUAAAUUUUUAUAAAGAAUUAAACAAUGAUGGCUUAUCUUAUGGAAAAUUCUGUAUCAAAGGGAUGCAGUUAGGUUUAAAAAGUACAUUAUUUGAUCGAUUGUUGGUAUCAGACUCUGUUCUGUUACUUAUUGGUUUUGCAUUUGUAACAGUUUGCAUAUGGGCAUAUACUGGCUCUUUGUUAUUAACUGUAACAACAAUUAUUGCAGUAAUUUUCAGUCUUGGCAUUUCAUAUGCAUUGUACACUUUAGUUCUGCAUAUUCACUUCUUUCCAUUCAUGAAUCUGUUGGCAAUUGUCGUUGCUGUAGGAAUAGGAGCAGAUGACGUAUUUAUAUAUUGCAAAAUUUGGGAGAGGGGAAGAGAACAAAAAUUAUCUAACGAUGGAUUAGUAAGACUAGUGCAGGAGACAAUGAAACAUGCUGUUCCAUCUAUGUUUGUUACAUCUUUAACUACUGCAGUGGCCUUCUUUGCAUCGGUUGUUAGUAAUGUUACUGCUAUCAACUGUUUCAGCUUAUUUUCAGGAAUGACUGUUAUCGCGAAUUUCUUUUUGAUGAUUACUUGGUUGCCAGCAUGUGUAGUAUUAUCAGAAAAGUUCAACUUGAACGUUUUAUCACCUGCAAAUUAUGUAGUACGAAAAAUUAUUCGACCUGCACGACUAUUUGGACACAAAAUAUCGCUAGGAUUUAAUAACUUCCUAACGAAAACAGUAAUUAAUUUCCGGUGGUAUUGGUUAUUAAGUUUGGGUAGCAUGGCAGCAUUUUGUUGUUUUACUGUUUUCCACUACCCAGGUUUACAAUUGCCAGAUACUGCUGAGUUCCAAUUAUUUGAUAGUUCUCAUACAUUUGAACAGUAUGAUUUGAUAUAUUCUCAAAAAUUCUGGUUUGAGAAACAUGAAACAAUAGAUAAUGGAGAUGUAUUACCAUUGAGAUUUGUAUGGGGCAUAAAACCAAUCGAUAAUGGUAACUAUCUUAAUCCUGAUUUAACAGGUACACCAGAAUGGGAUGAAUCUUUUGACGUAUCACAUCCAGACUCGCAAUUAUGGUUGGAACGAUUUUGCCAUAACUUGCGAGCUCAGCCUUUCUAUCGUGAUACCUUAGGACCUUUACUAUCCAAUUGUUUUAUCGAAUCAUUACGUAAUUGGAUGAAAAGACGUUGCGAAGAUCCCAUCAACUCGCACAUUAACUAUAUGCCAUGUUGUGAAAGCAGUACAUUUCCAUAUAAUUCUAGCGUGUUGCAACAAUGCGCAGCUGAAGCUAAUGCAGAAUUAUAUCGCACACCUUCGUACUUAUGGGCUCGUAAUGGCGUUACUGGUGGUCUAAAAUUUUUAAACGAAGCAAAUCUCACACAUGUACAAUUUUCAAAUGAGACUAAUUCAGUGAUAAGACCAAUGGCUAAAAUUAAAGUUUUAAUUGUUGAAUAUGACAGUGUAUAUAACUACAGUCUUUCCUUCUCGAGUAUGGAUCAAUUCUUUCAUCAGGUGGAAACUUGGAUGCAAGAUCAACUAAAAAAUGCACCAUUGGGUAUGCGAGGUGGUUGGUUUGUUAGUAAAUUAGAAUUUUAUGAAUUGCAGCGGACGUUAUAUGAAGGUACUCUUUGGGCAAUGGGAGUUUCAUUGAUCUUAGCCCUUACAGUAUUGGCCUUUGUAACACUUAAUCCUCUUAUUAGUCUAUAUGCAAUUAUAACAAUUGGAGCAGCAAUUAUAGUAACAGUUGCUGGUCUGAUACUAUUUGGUUGGAAGUUGAAUGUUUUAGAAAGUGUUGCCGUGUCAACAGCAAUAGGUUUAGCCAUAGAUUUUAGUUUACAUUAUGUAGUAAGCUAUAGAGCGUGCAAUUCUAAAGAGAGAAAAGAUAGAGUGAAAACGGCUCUCACACAAAUGGGUGGCCCAACUUUGAUGGCUUCUCUUACGAGUGGAGCUGCUGGAGCUCUCAUGUUACCGUCUUGUGUACUGGCAUAUAUCCAAAUUGGUAUAUUUUUAUUACUUGUAAUGGGCAUAAGUUGGUUAUAUGCUACAUUCUUUUUAUGUCCGAUGUUAGCGGUUAUCGGUCCUUCGGCUCAUUUUGCCCAGUUUCAGUAUCCAAGAUUAAAUGUAUUAUGGAAGUACCUUCGUAAAAAUAAGCCUAGAAAUGUGCCUGAAACAAGUACAGAUAAUAGUAGAAUUAGAAGAAAAGCUAAAGGAAGAGGAAUGUGGUCAGAAUCUACUUUAAGUACAUCUAGUACAGUAUGUCAAUUCCACUGUAAUGAAAUAGAAAUUUUUACAAGACCACCACCGUCGCCAUCGCUACCUCCAUCUCCAUCAUCAGCAUUACUUCAUUGUGUGAGGAUGGACGAGUGGGAUACGAGGGAAAACACAAUUAAUUAGUUAAAGAGUUUUAUUAAACAGGACGUCCACAUGCUCCGUUUGAUUUCACACGACGCCGGUCUUUCCGUUUUCAAAAACCUGACUAUGCAUCGUAGCGCUCAUCUAUUCCGCUACUUCUUUGUACAUACAUACAUAAAUACUUACAUGCAUAUGUUUUACAAUUGAGAUAUAUGGUCGUGAUAUUUUUGUUUUAUUAGAAGAUACUGUUGACACAAGCUAUCCUGAUGUGACAUAUACUCCUCUAUAUUUUGAAUUGAUGAAGUUACUUAUUUGUGUGUAACUUGUGUCCUAUAUAGAACUAUGAUCGUGUGUAACUGAUGUGUUAUUGGCUGUGUUUAAAAUAGUCUUAAGAUAAUUAUUCGUAUAUCUGUGUAUUAUUAACAUUCAUUGGGCUUCCUGUAUCAGUUAGGCAUGUAAUAUGUACACUGUAUCCAUUGUGAUAUGAGUAAGACUUCAGAUGCCAAAUCGCUUAUUCUUUUAUAUCUUACAAUGAGUUUUAAUUGUCAUGUUUUAUGAACAGUACAAGCUACUCUUUAUGAUUAUAAAUGAAACUUUAACGUGGCAACUAAACUGAUAAAGUAUUACAUUGUUAGACUUGCAUUUACAUAUCUAUAAAUGCAUUUUUACAUAUUUUUAGUAUAUAAUUCUUUUUAAAAAAUCUUUUGUAUUAUUUCAUGUAUUUAUGUUUUUUUUCUCAUAAAUUAAAAAACUGUUUAUGUAUCAUUUAUCAAUGAUAUUAAUUUUUGUAUACCAUAAGAUAUAAUACAAAUAAUCUUGUUCUUAAUUUUAUAUCUAGUUUAAUACAUUUCAUAGGUCAAUUUUCUAUAUUUCAAUAUUCGAACAAAGUAUUAUAAGUUUUUUAUAUAAUUUUGUAUUACAGUUCAAUGUUCAUAAUAUUGCUUUUAUUGAGAAUGUAUUAAUGUUACCACAGAUUCUCAAAUUUGUUAAACAAAAAACUUUACAGAAACUUAAAUUUUAAAAUAAAAUAUUACUGUUGCAUUAAAUAUACAGGGACGAAUGAAUUAAUUUUGCAUGAAAAAAGAAGGUAGUAUUAACUUUAUUAUUCCCUGGAUAAUGCUUUCAAGCUUCUAAAAUACAAGACGUGUGUAAUGUGUCUGUAAUUAAAUUUAAGAAUAAGUAAUGGACUAAGGUGUCACAUGUGUCAUGAUUUUGUUUAAAGAUGACUUAUGUUUGUAAAAUAUAUAAAGAACAUACUAAAAGAAGACUGACAGACUUUUAUCAUUUUUAUUAGUGGAUGGUUCUAAGUAUAGGAGUCAAUUUCGAUAAAAUAUUUCAUUCGCAAAUACUUGUUUACAAAAGUAUUCAUUUUUUGGCUUAAUUCAGAUGUAAUGGAGUAAGAAAUACUCAUGAAAUCGUAGAAUUUAUGAAAGAAUACUUUAAUAAACUGGCUAUUCAAUUGUAUUGCAAUAAUUUAAUGUCAUAAUCAAGAUGUGUAAUGGUUCCAAAUUUGUCAAUAAAAUUAUAAAAUUAGAAAUUAUUACUUGUAAGGCUAAGUGAGAUUCAGCUUGGUCUUUAUAAAUAUUUUAUUAUUUAGCUUUCCGUGUGGGGCUUGCCCUAAACUACUUCUGAGAACUUUAGUACUUACAAUGAGCUUUAUCGUUAUUGGUGGGUUUUUAUUAAUUGGUAGAAUAUACACGUGCUUUGGUAGGUUUUAUUAGGAGGUAAAAUACACACGUGCUUUCUAUCCAGUGCUAUGUGCAGCACCAAAUAUACGAAUGAAGGAAGAUCCUUCCGGUCAGCGCCACAUGGAUCCAUAAAACAAAACGCAUUCACACAUUCGCCUAACGCGCUAACUUUGAGAUUAGAAUUCAACAAUUCUACCAAUUAAUAAAAACCCAACAGUUAUGUAAUAAAUUUAUUAAACAUACUUUGCUAUUUAUAUGACAAAUGUUUUUUGAUUUUUAACUCAAUAAUUUUUAUAUAAAAUAUUCGCAAACUACGUCAAUUAUAUAACAAAUCCUUUUGCGAUGCUACAGUUUUUCACAUAAAAUAUUUACUUUCGAAAACUAAAAAUAUACAGAUUAAACUUAAUUAGUAUGAGAUAAAAAAAAUCGAACACUGAGUAUUAUAAGUUCAGAAAAAUAAAUCUCUUUUAGGGUCGCGGCAUUUCUAAUAUCAAUAAAGUGUUACAGAAUGAAAUAUAAAUCCAGAAUUUGUACAGGAUAACUUCAUGCUUUUAAGCAAUUAAAAAUGUACGUUUUUAAAGAGAAUUUGUUAUUUCGGCUAUUGUACGUGUUUGUUCAUCAAUUAUACAGAUUUAUUAAAUAACGUAUGUCAGAGAUACUGAUACAAAUUAUUGUAUCUAUAUAGAAUGCCUGGUCAAUCGUUAAUGUACCUACAUGUGUAUCUAUAUACGUUAUGCGUGUGUUACAAUAUAUUAUAUGUAUAGUGAGCUUUUUAUGUAUAUUAAAUAACUACUUCAUGCUAAUAUGCAUAUUUGUUAAUGGUUCAUCCUGCAAAAAGCUGUAAUGAGUAUGUGAACAUAUACUAUAAAGAAAAUAUAUCUUACUGUUGCAUAUACAUAAUAAAUACCCAGAUAGCACCGGACGUCCCAUGGACGUCCAUUUUAUGUCCAGUUUACGUCCAAACGUCCGACGUCCGUUGUUGGACGUCCUUAGGACGUCCAUGGGACCUAAAUUUUGUACGUCCCAGGGAUGUCCGCUCUGAACUUUCUAGAUUUAGGGAAAAAUACUUUUUUUUUUAACAAAAUAAAUAUUAUUUAUAAUAUAAUAUUUAUUCAAUAUGUAGAACAGAAUAUUUUUUUCCGAAUAUAAAAUACACUAUUUACAAUUGUUAAUUAAUAUUAAUUAAUUAAUUAAUUAAUAUUAUUAUCCCAGAUAGCACCGGACGUCCCAUGGACGUACAGAAAACGUGCAGAAAACGUUCUGGGAAUGUCCACAUCGGAUGUCCCAGGGACGCACAUAGAAUGUCCACGCCGGACGUCCCAGGGACUUCCUGCAAUGUAACUGGGACGUUAUCUGGACGUUCAAAGGACGUCCCGAACGUCCAGUACCGGACGUCUAAUGGACGUACAGGGACGUCUCUGUGCUAUCUGGGUAUAUUCUACUGUUACAUAUUUAGAUAUUAAAUAAAGUAGUUUUUUUAAUUUUUCUUUGCGUGAAGGGAUAUAUACGUACAUACAUAUAUGUAAAAAAAUAUUGUAUUCCUAAUAUUGAAUAAACAUUUUGUUUUACAUGUUCAAACAUA